AUGGUUACAAAAGUAGCACUGUUGGUUUUUGCUGUUGCUGUCGCCCAAGUUUCCUGCGAUGGUUUGACGUGGAAAUACCACCCGACCCUCUCAGCAUUUAUGCUGAAAGGUACAGAAGAAAUUGGUAAAGAUUGUUCAGCUGCAGGAGAAAUUAAGUGCGAGGAUUGUCAGACCGCAAACCUUUGCAUUUCGAUUGGAACUGAUUUCUUGGAAACAACAUUGGAAACAUGUCCGAGUACAAUGACUUGCAGACCAGGUACAGGUUGCGUUGCAGCCGGUGGAAAUACAGAUUACUGUCCUGAUGAAACUGCUCCCGUAGACAACAGUUUUGUAUGCGAAUCUAUUGGUAUGUUCCCUGAUCUGGAAGACUGUAAGAAAUUCCAUUUCUGUAUUCCAAAUACAGAAGGUGUUAAAGCUUCCAACAGAAGCUUUUAUCUACAUUCCGAAAUUGAAAAUAUGUCCAUUGAAGCAAUCAAAAGUCAGACCAGAGUUGACAAAACAAAACCACGCCAAAAAUCCAUUGAAUACUUAUGUGACGAAGGUUAUGGAUACGAUCCUAUGACUGCCAUGUGCAGCGUAAAAUUGGAAAAUGACAAAUGUAUGAACAAGGACGGCAUCCAAUGCAAAGCAGUUGGCGAGUCUAAAGCUCUCAGCCUUGGUUCCAGCUACUUCUACGUCUGCCAUAGAGUUGCUGGAGGAUACGCAAAUCCUCAAGGAUCACUUGUUCCCAGGCUAUAUAGGUGCCCCCAUGGUGAAUUUUUCUUCAAAGGUUCCUGCAUCGAACAGGAUGACGAAGAUGAAGAUAAUCUUCAACCAACAUCAACAUCUAACCCAACAUCAACGUCUGAACCAACAUCUCGAUGUAAGGUAGCAGGCUUAUUUCCAGACCCAAAUGGAAAUUGUGAUGAUUACAUUGACUGUCCAGAAGUUGGUGCUAAACCAGUCAGCAGAACAUGUCGUCAUGGGGCUAAGUUCAAUCCAAUUACGAAACAUUGCGUUAGGGGCAGGUGUUGA